GGAGCGGGAGGGACCCUGCCUGCUGCAGCCCCGCGCGUCCCGGCCGCCGAGGUCGCCGCCACAGCCACCGCCUCCGCUGCCGCCGCAUCUCGGGACGGGGCAGCCGCUCCCCAGAUCCAGUCCCAGUCCCAGCCUCAGCCUCCGCCCGUCGCACCCUCCUUUUCAGCCCGGGCCGGCCGGCCGGCCAGCUCCGCUCUCUGCCCGCCCCCAAGGGCCCCGAGGAUGCCGAAGCCGACACUGCUCCUGCGGGGGGGUUGGGACCGCAGCCCCGGGGACACGGAGCUGGGGCGCCAGUUCCGGGACUGGUGUCUCCGGACCUACGGAGACUCAGCUAAGACCAAGACGGUCACUCGUAGCAAAUACCAACGGAUCGCCGAGGUCCUGCAAGGCGGGGGCAGCGGGACCACGGGUGCCGGCAACGGCGGCCCCUCGUCCGGGGAGAAAGGCAAGUUCCAGUUUUGGGUCCGCUCCAAGGGCUUUCGGCUGGGGACCAGCAGGGAGCCGAAGAUGGGUCAAGUGGUGUAUGUGCCGGUGAAAACUGGAACGGGGGCAGAUGGACUGUCGGAGCCUGAGGGCAUCUCUCUGAAACGGGUAGCUGUGGUGGAAGAUUUCUUUGACAUCAUCUACUCCAUGCAUGUGGAGAGCUCUGCAGAGCCAGGCAAAACCCCCAAGCAUGCUGGGCAGAAGAAAACCUACCGAGCGAUUGCAGAAACCUACGCUUUUCUCCCAAGGGAGGCUGUGACCCGGUUCCUGAUGAGCUGCACAGAAUGUCAAAAGAGGAUGCACUUUAACUCCAAUGGGUUAGAGCCCAAAGAAAAUGAACCUCCUUCCCCUCUGGUUUCUGGGAUCAUCGACUAUAACAUGCCCCUCACCUCAACAUACCUGAAGCAGAUGAAGCUACGAGUAAUGAAUUCCCAGGAGCAGGAUGAGACUUCCGUGAGCAGUGAGGAUUUUGAUAUGAAUGACUCCACAUGGAUGUCAGCUGAUCAACAUCUAAGCUCCAGCUUGAGCCCCAGCCAGGACGAGAGGAUGCGGAGCCCACAGCACCUCCCUAGCCAGGAGGAUGAUGACUCCUCGUCAGAGAGUUGCAGUGGGAAUGGCUCCUCGACUUUGAACCCCUCCACCUCCAGCAGUACCCAGGGGGACACCUCCUUCCCCGAGAUGAAUGGUAAUGGCACCGUUGCCCCCAUGGACUUCACAGCAUCGACGGAGGACCAGCCUAUCAACCUCUGUGACAAGCUCCCACCCUCCCAUAUCCCUCCCUCUUACCCAGCAGAUAGCUGCAGCGCCGAUGGGCUUCGGAGCAGGGUGAAGUAUGCUGUAAAGACAACCCCAGAGUCCCCUCCAUAUAGCUCUGGGAGUUAUGACUCCAUCAAAACAGAGGUCAGCGGUUGCCCUGAGGACCUGACUGUGGGUCGGGCUCCCACAGCUGAUGAUGAUGAUGAUGACCACGAUGACCAUGAGGACAAUGAUAAGAUGAAUGAUUCAGAGGGGAUGGACCCUGAGCGUCUCAAGGCCUUCAAUAUGUUCGUGCGUCUUUUCGUUGAUGAGAAUUUGGACCGUAUGGUGCCCAUCUCCAAGCAACCCAAGGAGAAGAUACAGGCCAUCAUAGAGUCCUGCAGUCGCCAGUUCCCUGAGUUUCAGGAACGAGCCCGCAAACGUAUCCGCACUUACCUCAAAUCCUGCCGUCGUAUGAAGAAGAAUGGCAUGGAAAUGACCAGACCCACUCCUCCCCACCUGACCUCAGCCAUGGCUGAAAAUAUCCUGGCAGCUGCAUGCGAGAGCGAAACAAGAAAAGCAGCCAAGAGGAUGAGACUGGAGAUCUACCAGACAUCCCAGGAUGAGCCCAUCGCUCUUGACAAGCAGCAUUCCAGGGACUCUGCAGCCAUCACCCACUCGACCUACUCACUGCCAGCUUCCUCAUAUGCCCAGGAUCCUGUCUACAUCAAUGGCAGCCUGAACUACAGCUAUCGCAGCUAUGGGGCUUUGGGCAGCAGUCUGCAGCCCCCAACUUCCCUCCAGACAGGAAAUCACAGUAACGGUCCUACAGAUCUCAGCAUGAAAGGCGGGGCUGCCUCCACCACCGCCACCACCACCACUACCACCACCACCACCUCGUCCUCCUCCUCCUCUUCCAGCAACAGCACCAGCCGGGGCAUGGCCACUGCCCAGCUCAGCCCCACGGAGAUCAGCGCAGUGCGGCAGCUCAUCGCUGGCUACCGAGAGUCUGCCGCCUUUCUCCUGAGGUCUGCGGACGAACUGGAAAACCUCAUAUUGCAGCAAAACUGACGCCCCAGCGCCCGGAGAGCUCCUGUGUCACAUGACAAUUUCCACCCUAGAGAAAGGGGCUGCCCCCAGCUGAGGACCUGGCGUCUUCUUUCCCCUCUAGCUGGUACAUUUUAUUUAAAGAAAAAAAAUGGGUGGAACCUAAACGAGCUGUUUCUACACACACUCCAAGCACCUGGGACUUUGGGCACAAGGACACUUUUUAUUUGUUUUGAAUCUCACCACACAGGUGCACUUACCUGCUUGGAAGAAGCCAAACGGGCAGCUUUGGAGGGGGUUUGAACUUUCUUGACAGGGAGCUUGGGAGCUGUGGCCGUAUUUAGAGUAACCUUCGUGGACCCUGACGUUAGAAUCCCAUCCCCAGAUAAUUACCUUUCAAGUCUUAGGUGAGCAGAAUUGCAUAUUUAUUGAGAAAAAACAAAAUGGACCCUCCUCCUCCUCCUCUACCCUUAGUAAUUUAUUUUUCUGAAAAUGGAUUCUUUUGUGUUUGUACAGAUUGCUAGUUUGUGUCUGUCUGAUCAGAAGGAAUUUAUUCCUACGAACUAACAUUCCAUAUCACUACAGUGACAGGGGUGGGCAGCAGGGCGGAGAGGCAGAAGGAGGCCGGCUUCUCCCGGGGCCCAGGACCUGGAGCUUGCAGCCCACCUCCCCCGCAGUCAGCCGCCAGGAGACUGAACUGCACCCACUAGCUGUCGUGUCUAGACUCAGAUAUGCUCUCAAUCAGACCCCACUGCUGCUACAGGAACACAGUCUCCUCCAGUCAGUAACCUCAGCAUGGGCAGCGCCAAGUGGAAGGACCUCACACACAUGUAACCCCCCGCAGACAAACCCCCCUCCAUCCCAGACCCACUGCCGCGGCAGUCCCAGUUCUGCAAACCCCCUCACACGGUCACCGUCUGUCUUCUACCUCACACUCCAGCGUGGGCUUUUCCCAGAACGGACGUGCCCUGAGCCUGCUCAGAAUGGCUGUUCCCCAGCUUUCCCCGCCCCCAGUACCUUGAUAUGAAGUGAAUCCAAAUUGGGUAUCUGAGAAACGACGGGCAGUGAGCUUCCCCCAAGUCCAAACCAGCAAAGCCAGACGCCGGGGCCAUAGACAGCCAGCUGCCGGCUCCCUGACAGACCUCCCCUCUCGCCCCUCCUGGGGCGGCGAAGACAGACCUUUCCUGGAGGACGGGGGAAGGGAAAUAGCUCCCGGCGCCCCUCGCAGGGAGAGCCCGAGGCAGAUGAGGAGAAAGCGGGGCUCCUCUAGAGGAGGUGUCGGGAGCUACGUCCCCCUCCCUCUCCGCCCGGCUGACUGAGGGAAGCAGGGGCCACAGCAUCUCCUGGGACCGGCUCCCUUGGGCGCGAACGGUCCUGGAAGAAACCCACAGUCCCUAGAGUGUGAAGGAAAAAAAGCUGGCCUGGUUUCUUCCCUUCCUAUAGGCACUUCCUUUUGCUCAGUGCAAUACCUACCAGUGCUGCUAAAGCCAGGGACUUAGCUUAGACCUCAAAGGGCCCUGUCAAGGCCUCUCAAUGCAACAUGUGCAGUAGCCAUAAGCGCAGCAAACGCUGCCCCAUGACCUGUGAGACUUCUAGCUCCUCUAUCUCAGCGACGGCCACCUUCACCCAGCCGAAGCAGACCGGGACCCGAGGUGCCUGGCCCAGGGGAGCGGAGAGUUCCCAGCAACCACCUUGGCUAUCGUUAUCGAGACCCCUCUCCCUCAAACCAGCUCCUCUCUAGCCUCGGUCACUCUCCCUCUUAUUACAGCAUUCAAGAUGGUGGCAGGCUUCCCUCAGGAAGGGAGGGAGGGAACUAGAUCGGACUGUUCCUCCUUCCAGGCACAAAACCCAUGACCUGGCUCUAGCCAGGAAGGCCCCUGGCUGAGUGGCAAAGGACAAGGGGCAACCGAAAGAUGAGGAACCCACAACUCUGCCUUUCAACCCCCCACCAGAGGUGGUACGGUCUUCUCUUUUGCAUACCCUGUUCCCAGGGACAGUAGGGCUCCCACACGCCAUUUUAAUCACACCGGUUCUGUCAAAAUAAGCCUUCUCCUUGACUGAUUUUUGGGCAGCCUGGGCCUCAUCAGGGUUAAAACAGCCAAGACAGAUCCACAUCACAGCACAUACUUCAGUGCCCAGAGCCUCUCCCCUUAGACUCUCCAGACCAUGCACCGUUCGGAUCACAGGACCCCCUAACGCCCCUCUCGCCCCCACCCACACACACACUCAGCAUUUGAAUUUGUGUAAAUAUUUAUUUUUGUGUGUGAACAAUACUACAAAGUAACCAACAGACCUUUUGCAAAAUGUUACCCCGAGCAAUUUGUGAAAGUCUUAAUGUUUAAAAAACAAAAUGGCUGAGACAAUCGCCGCCUUAGAAUUCUUGUUAUCAAUUGCUUACGUUUCAUCUUCUUGAGGCAGCAACCAGGCUAAUCCCAGAGCUAUCAGUCUCUUGACACACUGACAUAAGACACGGGAGAGGUUCCCCUCCCAAGGGACUGUGUAAAGAGCAGCAUUUGCUACAAUUUGAAGUUGGAUUUUUCUGAGUUCAAGCCGUCUUAACAGAUCACUUUCGGCCCUGCCUUAGUAUUGUGGUAAGAGUGUAGGUUUAAUGUGAAACACGUGCCACUGGGAGAAGACGGGACUCUCAGGUGUAGCUGAAGGACAAUAGAUUCCCCAUCACGUUACCAUCACCUCAUAGGUUUAACCUGCACCUGGUGGGUCAGUUCGUUUUGAAGCCCUAAUGAUGAAUGGCAGAAUCUGGAGCAGGUUAUUAAGUGGAAACAGGACCCCAUUUUCUAGUAUAGUCACAGAAGUCUGGGUUCUUGGUUUGCCUUUUUUUUUCCUCAUUUAACGAUGCAGCUUCUCUCUCCUCCCUCCCACCCCCUACUCCAUACUCCUCACUGUCUCCCAAGUACCAGCAUGCUUGUUCCGGCUGUAGGUUUGAAGAACAUGUUCUUGUCUGCCCUGACCUCCAUUCCAACUGCAGCUGUGCUCCCUAAAGCUGUUUCAAAGGCCGUCCCAACUGUCCUAAAUUCUUGUUGAAGGGCCUAAGGGCUAAACUCCCAUUUUGGAUUCUAAGAGAAAAAGGAAAGGAUGGAAGCAGAACACAACAGCAAGAAAUGUUUGGGAUAGGGCUUAGAGGAUUAGGGAAGGCAAGCUGUAAACGAGGAGAGGGGCGAUGGUCAGGACUUGAGAUUCUGUAGAGCAAACCCAUGGGAGAAACCCAUGAUUGUGUUCAGCCCAUCGGAAAUUCAUCUUUACCUUCAUACCUUGUACACAUGGAUUAUUCGAUUCCUGAGGACAGUGUUGCAAUGAGGGGGAAAAGUGUUCAGAGGAUUUCCAAACAGGUGAGACCCUGUCUAUUCCCAAUCCAAAGGGCCACUCACCAUUCCAGGGGUGGCUGGCGGAUUAACUACCAGUCCAUUUUCAAAAUGCUGCUUUGAACUCAGAGGGUUAAUAUACUUUUAAUUUGUAAUUUUUUGUAAAACUUUUUACAAGGUAGUGUAGUAUUUCACCAGAAUACCAGUUUCAAUCCGUCCAUGGUCUGAUUUUUAUAUAAUUUAGUGGUGCUUUAGAAAUUUUUGGUUUUUGUUGGUUCCGAGCUCAAGAGCUCAAUUCUUUGCCUGUAUCUACCUAAGACCAAUGUGAACCUUUGUCUUUUGGCUCCUAAUUUUGGACUCAGUGAAAGUGUACUGUUUACAUGUACAGAUCCCCCCAUCCCUGUGUGGUCUGCAAGACUCGCCCGUUGAGGAGGAAGAUGCGCCUCACUCAACUCAUCUGCUUAGCAAAGCCACAAAUCUCUCCUCUUUUACCUGUGUUUCCACCUAAGAGAGAAAAAAGAAACAUAAUUUUUUAACCUCACCACAACAGAUCUAGGAUUUGCUACAAACAUUUCUGGAACUAGCAAAUCGUUUCCUUUUUGCAUGGAUGGCCCACGGUCCUUUGUCUUGUGGUUGGUCUAGCAGUGAUAGUCAAAGUAAGGACACCUCUUGAUUUCUUUGGUUGGUAAGAGGCAUAGAUGGAGAAUUGUCACCUAAAUGGGUCCGAUUCUCCUCAUGAUAAAGCAGAAGUUAUUCUAGCCUUUGGGUCCAAAUGGCUAUCAAGGGACAAGGCCAGUAGGCCUUCGCCCUCUGGCACAAUUACAGGUUAUUAGGAAAGUAUCAAUCUGACACUUUCAAAUGUGUCUUCAGUACUCACCUGGGACACUUAGGGACCCAGGAGGGAAUAACCAUCUUUUGAGAGAGGCUCAGAUAGCAAGCACUUAAGACAAUGGAAGAAUUCCAACUUCUAAAGGUGACACUUUACUGCUUAAUCAAUUAUUUCACCUCUAAAUUAUAUUUUUACAGAGAUGCACCUAUGCAACUUAACGUGGCUUUUUUAAGCAGAUGAGGACUUCCUCCUCAAUGCUCUCUAUAAAAAUUAUUUGUGUUCUAUAUAGUGGGUUUUUUCCAGUAAAUGUGGCUUAAUAUUUUAAUUCUUAGAAUGUGUGUCUAUUCUAUGUGAUGCAACUGAAUUCUGUUUUGUUUGUGGAAUGAUUAGCACAGGCCAACGCCCCCCCCUCACUUAACAAAAGACCAAUGAGCUGUUAAUCAAGCUGUUCUCUCCAUGGUAUUACUUGCUAAAUGCACUGAUUUCAUAAGUACGUGGAAUCCUUUUUCUUUGGAAUCUGUAUAUCAUAUAUAAGACUGAAUCUACUUAAUAAACACACUGUAUAACAAA